AUGGGCAAUGUAGUUUCUCUCUCUUGCUUCCAACUUAACCCCAAGAACUCAAAACCCUCGCUGGCGAAGCUAGUCUUCUGGGAAGGAACCACACAAACCGUCGCUACAGGAAAGCAGGUGGUGGCCGGAGAGAUCAUGUUUGAGUUCCCUAACUACGUGGUCUGCCACAUUGACUCCUUCUACAUCGGCCGCCCCAUCCCCACCCUUGCUCUGGGCGACGAGCUCAAAGGCAGCCACACCUACUUUGUUCUCCCCAUCGAGCGUGUCGCUGCAUGUGGUGCGCUCUCGGCGGCUUCCCUGGCUACCCUGGGCUCAAGCCCUAAGGGCACUCCCAUCAAUUUCGGAGAGUGCCCCUUCGAGUAUGUCAAGGGAGAUAACGGUAAGGUUUAG